AUGGCAACGGUAGGCAGCGCGGCACAAGGUAGCUUUGCCGCCCUAGACAACAAUAGUACCUUUAAAGAAUGCUAUCAGAACCUGUCCAGCAUGCUCAAGAGCUACAGGUUCGAUGGUAUCGACCUUGAUAUAGAAGAGCCAAUAUCACAGUCAGGCAUUAGUCGAUGGAUCAACCACCUCUAUGACGACUUUGGUCCGAGCUUUGAAGUAUCUACGGCCGCUACUACAUUGGCUCUUCAAUCUAGAGCUCUCUACCACUUCUCGCAAUUGAAUUACUCUAAACUAGAGCAUGGCCAUCAACACUAG